AUGGAUAUUCUGAAUGUCUCCAAAGAUGCUUGGUGCAGGAUUUUCCAGGCCACUUCGUCUGAUGCUGCUCCGGAGUGGUAUUUUAAAUUUCCACCUGCCAACAUAACUUCAUGGGAAAUGUUCGUCAAGGAGUUUUACGAACAAUUUUAUGCUAGUCGCAUACAUCCAACCGAAGCAAAUCUCCUAGUAGAUAUAAGGCAAAAGGAAGGAGAGCCUCUCAAAGAGUAUAUUCAGAGGUUCAUGAGAGUGGCUACUCGUGCCAAAACGGUGGGAGAUGAAGGAAUGAUGAUGGCCAUUGCAGCUGGAGUACAGCGCCAAUCCCCAUUAUGGAAUAGUUUGCGAAAAAAUGGAGUUAAGAACACCCAAGAGUUUUUGGAACGAGCAUAUAAAUACAUUAAGUUGGAGGAGGCUAUCGCCCAAUGA